AAUGUUGAAUAAGAUAUUUCAAAAGUUCAACAUUGUAAAUAUUUACAAAGAGAAGCUAUGAACCCAAGGAUGGAACAACCAACUAUGCCUAGUCAUAUAAAUAAAUUUAGAUAAUGAAUUAGACUUUUAUACUAGAUUUGGAUUAUAUAUUCAAUAUAUGUACCAAAAUUAAAUUAACUCAACAUAUUGAGAGAUUCCUACAAGAAGGUGAAUGAGCUAUAAUGAAAUCUGUUUCUAUAAUAGAAAAUAAAAUGAUUACAUUAUGGCAUCAACAAGUCUUAGCACUGGAUACCAAAUAUAAUUCACAAAGGCUUAUAAAUAAUUGCAAUUUAGGCACAUUUUAUAUUCGUAGAAGAAGCCAACUGCUUCAAGAAAAGUAUUGCAAAGAUUUUGAAUUACAAUCUCGUUAUUUGAAGUUGAGAUCAGAGCUAUUUCGUCGUAGAUAUGGUAGUAGUGCAUAUAUAUUAAAUUUACCUACAGAUAAAUGUUUGGAGAUUAAAGAAAAAGGUAGAGUAGCAUAUAAAAAAUCUGCAUCUGAAAGUUUUGCAGGAGUUCAUCAUGUCUUUGAUCAGCAUUCUGCUGCUAUUUCAAUGUUGAAAUUUGCAAAUAAUGAUAGAUCUCGAUUUUGUUGUGCCUCGAUGGAUGGUAGUAUUUCAAUUUGUGAAGCAACAAGUAAUCCACCUAAAGUUGUUUCUUUUCUCCAAGGUCAUCGAAAAGGUGUUACAGCAAUUGAUUGGAGUACUAGUAAUGAUUUUUUAGUUUCAUCAUCUUUAGAUACUACAGUCAGAUUAUGGCUGGUACAAUCACAUUCAAAAGUAAAUUGCUUGAGGGUGGUUUAUGAUCUAUUACGCGCAGAAAAUUUAUGUUGUGCUUUUGCUCCUUCCAAUAACAAUAUAGUUUUAACUGGAAAUUCUCGAGGUUUACUGCAGAUUUUAAAUAUAUCUACAGGAAAAUAUACUCGAGGUGGAACUGUUAAAAUUGGAGGAAAAAUUACAUCUUUGACAUGUGAAGAAAGUGGUGGUUCUCUAGUAUGGAUAGGAAAUGAUAGAGGAAUCAUUGUUUCAUUUCGUUUAGAACCUGGCUUAGGACGAUUAACCAAAUUAUGUAGAAUAGAAGCUACAGAAGGAAUUGUAACUAGUCUCUCUUGGCGUCCUUGGUUAUCAAAGGAUUUUCCUUGGCCAACACUUUUGGUUAGCAGCGCAUGCAAUGCUUUGUUUUUAUAUCGAAUAGCGGAUGAUCAGGGCAAUUUGUCACUUUGGAAGAAAUAUCCAAUUAGACACAGGCAACAUUUUAUUCGAUCUACAUUUUGUCCCCAAAUUGGCAGUUCAUUGAUUGCUACUGGUUCAGAGGAUGGUUCGAUACAUUUAUUGGAUUCAGUAAGAGAUGGAAAAUCCGCUCAAGUAAAUAGAUUACUCGGUCAUUCUGCACCAACAUUAACAUUGUGUUUUAAUUAUGAUGAAUCUCUUUUAGCAUCAGGAGACCAUCACGGUCUUAUUAUUCUUUGGCGUAAUUAUCAAUGUCAAACAUAAAAUAUUUUAUAAUAUAAUAUA